AUGAAGUCUUCAAUGUUCUUGGGUGCCUUGUGCGCCCUCGGUGCCGUGGCCCAGGAGGUUAAGAACCCUUCCGAGGUUAAGCCUUCCUACGUUACUACAUGGACCACAACCACCGUGACCGACUGGACCACCAAGACCAUCACCAAGACCAUCACUGUUAGACCCACCAGCACCGCCGCGCCUGUCUCGACUACAGUCUCUGUCCCCAAUGCCCAAAUUAAGGUCCCUCAAUCCUCGACCAGCUCUGCCGAGCCCACUACUACUGCCGAGUCUACCACUACCCAGGCGCCCGCUCAAACCGAGGAGCCUGAGCAGACUGAACAGCCUGAACAGACGACUUGGUCCACAGCCUGGGAGUCGAUUUGGACUCCUACUGAGUCUGCCACUCAGUCUGCCACCCAGACCAGCACCGAAGAGACCGCCCAGACCCAAGCUCCCGCUCCUGCCAACGGCUACCAGGGCAAGGUCCUCCAGAGCCACAACAUUCACCGCGCCAACCACUCUUCUGACGCCCUUACCUGGUCAGCAGACCUUGAGAAGAGUGCUCAGGUCCUCGCCUCCCGCUGUGUUUACCAGCACGACACAGAUAUCGCACCAAACGCCAAUAAUUACGGCCAGAACAUCGGUUAUGGUACCUCGGCAGAUGAAGUUGGUGUUAUGAUCUCCAACCUGAUGUACAACGAUGAGAUGGGCUACUAUGAGAACCUCUACGGAGAGGCCACCCCCGACAUGUCCCUGUUCGAAAAGUGGGGCCACUUCUCUCAGAUCGUGUGGAAGGGAACCAAGGAGGUCGGCUGCGCUACCGCUGUCUGCAACUCGCUUGGCAAUGUUGAUUCCACCGAGGCCCUGCCCUUCACAGUGUGCAACUACAGCCCCGCAGGAAACGUGCCAAACGAAUACGGUGACAACAUCCUCAAGCCUCUUGGCAAAGCCCUCUUUAGGGCCGAAUAA